AAAUGCACACCGUACACAAUAGCGGAAACAUUGUUUUUGGACUGCGUAAUAAGAAGGAAACACUACCAACAGUCUGAGUUUUGUCUACAAAUUUAUCUCGUCAUCGUUUUUUUUUGUACCAAGUAAUACCGUUAUUAGUUAUCAAGAUGAAGGGAGGGGUGUUUUUGGCAACUCUUCUCGUCUUUUUUGUGUGUAUUUGUUUGGAAAAUUGUCUUGUUUCGGCAGCAACAACAACGGAAAAGCCUUUGACAACACCGCCCAUCGAAGAUACAUGUGGAGCUCACAAUGGCAGCUGCGAUAAAUGUGUCAAAUUUCCAGGAGCCAAAUGUUUUUACUGCUAUACAAAUGGUGUCUGUGCAAAAUACCCAGCGAAAGAAAUCUUCCCUACAAAGUAUUGUGACCUGUCUCAAGCCAGAUGGGGAGUCUGUUUCUUGAACUUCGAAGCCUUGAUCAUUUCAAUGGGAGUGAUUGCUGGCGUUCUACUCCUUGCAAUGACUAUAUGCAUCUACUGCUGCUGCUGCUGUUCAGGAUCCAACAGAGCCAAACUAGAAAGGCAGGAAGCCGUAUCUGCCAGAAAGAAAGCUGAACGCGAGGCCAAACACGGCCAGAAGAAAGCUGAUCGAAAGGCAAAGAAUGACGAGAUUAGAAGGAAAUAUGGUCUAAUGCCAGACGAUGAAGGGUCGUAUCACAAACUAGAUGAGUCAGCACCGGCAUAGACAAAGCCCUCGACUGCCAAACUUGGAUACAAACAGUAAACCAGCCAUCUUACAUAGCUGUUAAG